CAUUUUGAAAAAAAGUAAACACAUUCACCAGCUACUAACUUCUCAGUUUUUGUCAGAUUUAAAGCAAAAAUAAGGAAAAGGACAUGGAGCCUCUGGCGAGGUGGACUAAUGACGAGACUCAGGCGCUUAUCUCAGUGUGGUCGGAGGAGAAAAUACAGCGCGGCCUGGAGGAAUCGUUCAGAAAUGAGAAAGUAUACAGGGAAGUGUCAGGUAGGCUGGCAGCCAUGGGGAUGAUUCGCUCUGGGAAGCAGUGCAGGGAGAAGAUAAAGAAGCUUAAACAAGAAUACAAUAGAAUAAAACAGCAGGUUGAGACAGACGGGGCCAACACACAGACCUUCAAGUGGUACGACCAAAUGGAGACUGCCAUGAGUGAAAAGCCAGCAAUGACACACAUUACACAACUUGGCAACUCAGACAUGGAAACAGAUGCGUCCUUGGGCCAUUGGUCAAAUAAAGAGGUCCAAGCAUUGUUGAGACUUUGGGCAAACCCCACUGUUCAAGAAGAGCUUCUCCUCAACACGAGGAAUAAUGAAAUUUAUGCCGGCGUCAGUGCUAAACUAGCAUUGCUCGGAUUCAACAAGGAGCCAAAGCAGUGCCGGGAGAAAAUCAAAAAAUUGAAGCAGGAGUACAAGAGAAUCCAAACCGGUGAAUACAAGAUUGGAAGCCACAGCUCCCAUAAAAGUGUAUGGUUUGCCAUCAUCGAUGAAGUCCUCAGUCCCAAGGCUGCAGCAGCGAGGCGUUCAGGAACAACAGAGGCCUCCUUCACAGAGCCCUCACUGCUCAGUCCCUCACCGUCUGCCCUGGAUGUGGACGCUGAUGAUGAACCCCAGUGGUUCCCUGAUGAAGUCCAAGUGCUGAUGACCCUCUGGGCUCAACCAAACAUUCAGAAACAGCUUCUCACCUCAGCAACAAGCAAUCAAGUCUUCAUGUACCUCAGCAGUGAACUGGCACUGGUGGGGUUUAACAAGACACCACAGCAGUGCAGUCUUAAAGUGGAUAAACUUAAAGAGGAGUACAGAAGAAUGAAGAAAGCAGAACCAUGUGGGGACGUUAGAAACGACUGGUUUGCUAUCUUGGAUAGUGUCCUUGGCCCCGGGGGAGAGACUUCUACAGAGGUGGAUUCAUCUGCUGUGCUGACAAAAGCUAAAUCACCAGAACACCAGCCAACAAAUGAUAUGUCACCGGCUAUUUGGACAUCAGAUGAAAUCAAAGUGCUGGUCACCCGAUGGGCAAAGGAGAGUACCCAGAAACAGCUUCGAUCAGCUCACAGAAAUGAAAGAGUGUUCGCUGAGUUAAGCGCCGAGCUGGCCACUUACGGCUUCGAUAAGACCUCCAGACAAUGCAGGACAAAAAUAAAAACGUUGAAACACCAGUACAGACUGGUAAAGGAACAGAAGGACCUUAAAAAGCAGAAAAGCAGGUGGUUUGUCAUUCUGGAUAAAGUCCUUAGCCGUGAAGCAGAAGCUGAAGACAUGGAUUCAGCCCCCACGUUUGUGCAGACAUCACAGCAAGAACUUCCUGAAACAGAGGAAGACUCAGGUUGCCGCUUGUCCUUGUCUUCAUUGUGUCUCCUGGUUCCAACCCUGCGUCUGAUGUGUGCCUUUGCCUGGCAAGUGGUGCAGUGCUGUAAUGUGCCACAUUAUGGAAAGGUGGAGGAGCUGGUGAGGCUGGUGACAGAGCUGGCUCCAGAGUUGCUGACGCCCAAAGAGAAAGUGCAGCUCCUGCUCAGACUGAGGGCGAGGAUGGUGUUGGAAUUGUGUCGCAGUGAGAGCACAGCCCACCUGCUGAACGUUCAGCCUCACCUGGAGGUCAUUCAGAACCUCGCCAUGGUCUCCACCUGUGAUCAGCAGGAGUUGGAGGAGUUGGAAAAUUCAAAGUCAAACUUUGUGGAUGUUGUUCACAUCCUGCUGGAGGACACUGAGGAGAGAGAGAUGUUUUUCAAGGAGGUCUUCCCCAUCCACUAUGGCGAGCAGUACGAGGCCACGCUGCACACAUUAAUAUGGAAGUUCAUCUCUAAACUGGACAAUCUUUUGCCUGUACCGGAUAUUAAACAGACCGCAGAGUGGCUCAGCACUGCCCCCUCUGUCAUGGAAGAAUGUGGACAGCUGGCUUUGGAACCAGAGCAGCUGAAGGUGCUGCUGCACUUCCACCAGCAACAGUCAGGAGGCGCAGACAAACGACACUCUCAAACUCAGGAAAUGUUUUUGCCGAGACUGUCUCUUCCUCACAAACCAAACUCGUUGCAGCUCGCUUCAGAGCAACAGGAAGUGUCCUUAGGUGAUGCAGAUGAAGAAGAGUUUGAUUAUAGUGAGGAUGAGGAGGCUGUUGAGGAAAACCAAACGGGUGAUAAACCGACUCUGGAGGACUAUAGCGAAGGAGGUGAAGACCUAAAGUUCAAAGAAGAACAGGAGGAUGACCUGACAGCUGCAGAGUGCUCAAAUUUAAACAGUCAUAUGCCUUCAAGACUGCACACCUGCUCUUUGUGUCUCUACUCCGACAGCCGUGCGUCAGGUCUUUUGCAGCACAUCAGACAGGCGCAUCAGGAACCCAACCGACUUCAGUCUAAAGAACCCACGACAGCCAAUGAGAUGAGGAGCACAACAAACACUUGUGAGUAUUGUGGGAAGGUCUUCAAGGAUGUGUCAACCCUGAACAGCCACAGAAAAACACACACACUGCCAUUCCAAUGCGACAAGUGCGGGAAAAAGUACUACUCCAAAGCGUCUCUGGAUGUGCACCGCCGGAUUCACACGGGCGAGACGCCAUAUUUGUGUUCGCACUGUGGCCGGGGCUUCAGAUCCUCAUACAGCCUUGGUUGGCACGUUCGCAUACACACGGGAGACCGACGCUACAAAUGUCAGAUUUGUGGGAAGACUUCAAUCCAGCACCUGGCGAGACACAUGCGGAUGCACAGAGGAGAAAAGAACUAUCUGUGUACAGAAUGCGGGAAGGCGUUUCUCUCCUCCGGAGAGUUAAGGCUCCACAUGAGGCUUCACACAGGGGAGCGUCCGUACACGUGCAAACACUGUGGGAAUGGUUUCAUAGCAAAGUGCCUGUUGACAGUUCAUAUGCGCAAACAUACUGGAGAGACUCCGUACAGGUGUUUACUGUGUCCGAAAUCCUUUCAGACUUUGUACGCACAGAAAAAGCACAUGAGGAUCCACUCAAACAAGAAGUCCUUCCAGUGUUUGAAGUGUGGCAAAAUAUUCAGGCAAGAAGAAACUUUUAAAAUGCAUGCUGAAACACACAAUUGAAAAUAGUAGCUGGUGUUUAAUGUAAGUAGUGUUAAAAUUUUGUCAUAGUGAUUUAAACCACUGGUUUCCAACUGCUCCAGCCACGGGGUCCAGAUUUCUCCUUAGUCAUUAGUUCAAUGUCCACACAGUUUGACAGUGUCGUACUUGGGUUUGGCCAUGUUGUCGAGGUAGUUUGCUGUCUCUGUUAAGCAGUUAUCCAUAAGUCACUCAUUCUACAGCAGGAAAUGGCACUUCAAAAUAUAAGCAAUGUUCUGGAAAUUCACUGUGUUUCAAAAUAAAGUGUG